GGUGAAGUGGCGCGAAAGAAAUGUCCAGUGAAAGGGUAGGGUAUAUGCUGUGUGCUCGCUGGCUCUUCCCUGUCCGUUAAACUCCCUCCUCAAUUCAAGAUAACACCCGCCAGCCCUCAUCGCCGCCGCUCCAAACCUCACGAUGUACAGCUGCGGCCGGGGCCUCCCGUCUUGGCCCAGCCAGCCGCUGAUUCAACCCGGCUUCCCCAAUCCUCAAGCUUUCUUCUGUGCUUGCAAAUCCACCGUUAACUCGCCGGAGCAGACGACGUCAUCCUUACAAACCCGCUCGGAUGGCCGCCGAUGGUCCGAGCGCCAAUGCUACAAUCCUCUCGGCCGCCUCUGGAUCGAGGCCGACCACCGUCCAAUCUCAUCAUCGCAAGGGAGAAUCACCGUUGUCUCGUAUAACAUACUGGGGGAUCGAAACGCUUUCAAUCACAGAGAUCUAUACCUGGAGGUUCCUUCUGCCUACUUGAAUUGGGAUUAUCGCAGAAGGCUCAUUUGCGAGGAAUUAACUGGGUACGAUUGUGAUGUCAUCUGUCUACAGGAGGUGGAUAGGUACGUUGAUUUACUCAAAGUCAUGCAGAAAGCUGGGUAUGAGGGUUCCUAUAAGAGGUGUACUGGGGAUAAGGUUGACGGAUGUGCUGUGUUCUGGAAAGCUGAUAAGUUGCGUCUUUUAGAAGGAGAGAGCAUCGAAUUUAAGCAACUUGGUCUUCGCGAUAAUGUUGCUCAAAUCUUUGUUUUUGAGUCUGUCAUCAGCUCGAUCCUUUAUAUGUCUGACUUCCUUGUUUACAGACAGACCUCUGAAGCUGAAUCAAGAAGGAUUGUUAUCGGUAACAUCCAUGUGAUCUAUCGUCCAAGUCGAGGAGAUGUCAAAUUAGGCCAAAUUCGUUUUCUCUCUUCGAGGGCACAGUAUCUCUCAGAGAAAUGGGGUAACGUCCCUGUUAUUUUGACCGGUGACUUCAAUAGCACUCCCCAGAGUGCAAUAUACAAGUUCUUAUCAUCAUCCAAGCUCAAUGUAAAGUUGCACGAUAGAAAAAACUUGUCUGGACAGAGGAACUUCCAUCCCACUGAAGUUUUUGGUGCCAAAAGAGAAGCUGGAAGUCCCUUUGUAUUAAUAGACAGGUUUCUCGAGAGUUCCUGGACAGCUGAGGAAGUUGAGGCUGCAACUGGCCACUCUAACCGUGAUUUUGCUAAACACCCUUUGAAGCUCUGCAGCUCUUAUGCCACAGUUCAUGGUUCCAAAACGACAAGAGACCUCAGUGGUGAACCUCUAGCAACAUCAUUCCACUCAAAAUUUGUUGGGACUGUUGACUACCUGUGGCAUUCUAGUGGAAUUCAGGCCACCGGAGUUCUCGAUACUCUUCCGUUGGAUUUCCUCAAGAGAAUAGGCAGUCUUCCUUGCAAGAAGCUAGGAAGUGAUCACUUAGCUCUGGUUUCAGAAUUCGCCUUCACAGAAGUAACAAAAGAAGCCAUCGAAACGGAUUAAUCUGCAAGCUCAGCAUCUCCUAAGAUGGAUGGAAUUCUACUAUGAAGCUUGCAUAGGCGGAGCCGUGUGUUGUAUAUGUGUGAACGAGCCGGUGAUGGCUAUUUCAGUUUAAUCUUAUAUAUCUAGUUUGAAAUUUGUUCAGACCAAGAACCACCAUUCCUUGAACUUUUUCCUCUCUUCUUAAUUUUUUUAUUUUUAUUUUGAGUGAGACAAAUUUAAGGUAUGAGAUUAAAAGUUUUUCAGUUUUUCUUACUUUUUUUUUUUAAUCGGUUUGUAUCUGUUUUAACUUAGAUUUUUUUUUUAGUCGAACGCUUCUCA